AUGGCUUCGGCAGUUUCCAGCGAUGCUAACGGCUCAAGCGUUGCUGCGGGGGAAACGGGACUAGCGCAGGCAGUCCGUCAGCGUCGUCAUGCUGUAAGAGUCAAACAACAGCGAGAGGAGCGAGCUCGGCAACUUCGGGAAGCGGAACUCGAGAAGGAACGAGAACGGCGGCGUCGCACUGGCGCUCAGCGUCAAGCGCUGUCGCUCCAGAAGCACUCGCGUCUCAUGCAGCGUCGUGAUCGCGAGGGUUUCUGGGGCCAGGACGCCCAUGGCCUGCUAGAUAAGAAACGACUACGCGAGCUCCAGCACCGAUUGAUAAACCAGACGCCACCGUUUGGCACGCUGGAGUUUUGCGAGUAUCGGAAACUGCAAGAGGACGCGCUCAUUGCCCUGAUUGACCGCCGUGUCGCUCCGGCAGCGGCCCAGGCAGAGCGCCGACGUUGGGCGCGGGCUUUGCGAGCUCGACCUGCCUCGAUGAAUUCCAAGCGCUGUUGUAUAGUGGCUGAAAAUGCAGCGGAUGAUAUGGGUAGCAGUGGUAUGGCGGGCAUGUCCCUGCAUUUGCGGGCUCCGGAAAACACGGAAGACUACGAGUUUUUCACGCGUCUCCUGGCUUGGCGUAAGCUGAUGCAACUAUCAGACGCUCGUCGCGAGGUCAAUUUAAGAUAUCAGCAACUGCGCGUUGCCCUCGAUCACGAGAUGACGCUUCUUGAGCAAGACUAUGCAGCCGCCCGCCAGCAUCUGGUAAGAAUCGCUCUGACAAUGAAUGCAGCAAAGCAAGCAGAGAUUGAGUCUCGACUUGUGGCGCUGGCGAGCUCGAACCGAGCCGCCGCGUCCAAAAGUGGCCUCACCGACGCCCGCAUCCUGAACAACGGUUCAGCAGCCGCCGCAGCCGACGCUACGACGAUCACCACCACCACCGCUAUUUCCGGGAACGCUGAAGGUCAGGCAGGGAACGAAACGAAAUUCCAGGUGCCCUCGUUGCAACUGUCACGAUUGCUUCGUGGAGGACAAGGACCAGCCAUGCGAACGAGACGUGGCCGAAAUAGUGGCCCUAACAUCGGCUACCUCGGCACGAGCGACCUUGAAAGCGUACAUGGUGACCCCAGCGCUCCCGCCGCGAGCACCAAGACCAACACAGCAACUGCAGCAGCAGCAGCAGCAGGGAACGGCCAAGGCGCUGCGCCAGCGGAAGCGCCCGCCAUCAUCUCCGCUGCUGAUGCGGACAUAUGGGUGCCCAUUACAACACCAGGAAUGAUGCUGUCAGAGAGCGUACGCGCUUUGGCCAUGCCUCCUGUCCGUACACCGGCUGGAUGGCUGCGAAAGAGCUCACUGCUGAAGCUUGUUGCGGGCAGCGCGCUGUUACCAGAGGUACCAGAUUCCACAGCAGAUGAGCAACCGCGGAUCCGAGUUGCUCUCGAUGGUGCUGAGAUCCAACGGGAUUUACGACAGGUCGUGAACGCUGCUCGAUCGCUGGAACGGCUCAAGCGGCAUAUGGAGGAGGAGGAGGAGGAGGACGAGCGAGCGUGA